AUGGCAUACACCAUAUACUCUACUUCAGAGAAGCAGGCUUGGGUGGCUGAACUCACCGAGCAAAUUCCCCUGACACCUCUGGACUACACGUCGCCGCAAAACUACAUCAUGCGUUGCCUUGGAUUUCCCUUUCCAGACUGGAAUGACCAGGCACACAGAGAUCUGACUGUGGAAUAUUGCAAGACUCGUUUGAGCUCCGUGUUCAAACUGUUCCCGUUCCUGGCUGGUCAGGGCGUCCGGCCAAAAGGGGGUGAACUUCCCAAGUUGGUCUACGAGCGCACCAAGCCCAAUCUAGAGCGCUUCCCCGAAGAGGUAUUCGACUCCCGGGUUUUCGACCGCUUGGAGUUCCCG